UUUUAAUAAUUCAUCAGUUUUUAAUUAAUAAUGCACAUGUGGCUCUUCACAAAAGAGUUACUGAGCUCUCGCCAUCCUAUUUCUUACCUGUUCUCUCUCUCUCCAAACAAAGAGCUCUGUUUUUCUCAAGUGUAAUUUCACUAAAGCUGAAGAUUCCUCAGAAUAAGUGGGUAUGAUGAUGCAAGUGAAUUUAUUCUCUCAGAUUGAAUUUAAGAUUAUAAAGAGACAGAUGGAAGCAAUCUGGAUGGUCAGGGGUGAAGGAUCGUAGUGAUGUUGAUUUUUCUCUCAUCUGUUUAUUCAGCAUUUAGCAUAUCAAAGAGAAUCCUAGGUUUCUUAAGUUGCUGUUAUUAGAACCAAUAUACACCAAUAAAAUGCUAAAUUCUGACUCUUAGGACCUUUCGUUUUAGUUUUAAAACAAUCUUUCCAGGCUUGAAUCCUUUGAUUGCCCCAGCCCCUAUAAAGGGACAGAGAAACUGUUCAAGUAAAUUAUCCAUCGAUGCAAGCAUCCCAGCAACACUGAAGUUCAGUCAUGGCCAGCGGAUUGUACCAUCAAGUAAAGCAAGAAGUUGAGCCCUACUGCUUCCCUCAAUUCCCAACUAUUGAUUGCUCUCUCUGCUAUAGUGAUGGUAGCCACGGAUCCCACUUCUCUCUUAAGAAUUCCCAUGAGCAUUAUUGCACUUUGGAGUCAUCUUCUGCAAAUGGCAGUUGUACUUUCUACAACUCUUCAUCAACUGUCAGUUUCUCACCAAACGGAAGCCCGAUGUCACAGCAAGAAUCUCAGUCAUAUCCAUCUGACCUGCAUCAUUCUCCUGACAAUACCUAUGGCUCUCCUCUUAGUGGUUCCUGCAUAACUGAUGAUGUAAGUGAUUUGAGGGAUAAGCUGAGAGAGCUGGAAACUGUGAUGCUAGGGCCUGAUUCUGAUUUUAUUGAUGGCACAACCUCACCAGAGAUGGAUGGCUGGAGACUUGUAAUGGAUGCAAUCUCCAGAGGGGACUUAAUACAGGUCCUUGUCUCCUGUGCAAAAGCAGUAUCAGAUAAUGAUCUAUUGAUGGCACAAUGGUUAAUGGAUGAAUUACGAAGGAUGGUGUCAGUUUCUGGUGAGCCCAUCCAGAGGUUGGGAGCAUACAUGUUGGAAGGACUUGUGGCACGACUGGCUUCCUCAGGGAGCUCUAUCUACAAGGCUUUGAGAUGCAAAGAACCAGCAAGUGCUGAUCUAUUAUCCUACAUGCACAUUCUUUACGAGGUUUGCCCCUACUUCAAGUUUGGUUACAUGUCUGCAAAUGGAGCCAUUGCAGAAGCCAUGAAGGAUGAAGAUAGAGUCCAUAUUAUUGAUUUCCAAAUAGCUCAGGGGAGUCAGUGGAUCACUCUCAUCCAAGCAUUUGCAGCUAGGCCUGGUGGUCCACCCCACAUCCGCAUAACUGGUAUUGAUGAUUCCAUAUCUGCUUAUGCCCGUGGAGGAGACCUAAACAUUGUGGGAAAGAGGCUGUCUAAGCUUGCAGAGCGUUUUAAAGUGCCAUUUAAGUUCCAUGCGGUGGCCAUGUCUGGUUGUGAGGUUCAGCAGGAACAUCUUCGAGUUCAACCUGGAGAGGCUCUAGCUGUAAAUUUUGCUUUCAUGCUUCACCACAUGCCUGAUGAGAGUGUCAGCACCGAGAACCUUCGUGACCGACUCUUGAGGCUGGUUAAGAGCCUGUCUCCAAAGGUUGUAACCCUUGUGGAGCAGGAAUCUAACACAAAUAGUGCUCCAUUCUUUCCUAGGUUCCUUGAGACAUUGAACUAUUACACAGCCAUGUUUGAAUCAAUUGACGUGACUCUCCCACGGGAACAUAAAGAGCGGAUCAAUGUUGAGCAGCACUGCCUGGCAAGGGAUGUUGUUAACAUCAUAGCUUGUGAGGGGCCUGAGAGAGUGGAACGACAUGAGCUGUUGGGAAAGUGGAGGUCAAGGUUCAGAAUGGCAGGGUUCACUCCUUAUCCUUUAAGCUCCUUGGUUAAUGCCACCAUAAAAACACUGCUUGAGAACUACUGUGAUAAAUAUAGGCUUGAAGAGAGAGAUGGGGCUUUGUAUCUUGGUUGGAUGAAUAGGGAUUUGGUUGCUGCUUGUGCAUGGAAGUGAUUUUUAUAAUUCUCUUUAAUAUUGUACUCACACAUGAGAAUAGGUGACUUGAACUUAGGACCUCCUAGUUACCCUGUUCUUAAUUCUACCUCUGUUCAAGGCCUCUGGCAUGCAUGGAAGCGAUAGUUAUGCUUCAAUUAGUGUUCUUUUAGGAGCUUGGGGACUAAGCUGUGAUAGAGUCUUUACUUCUCUUUCUCUUAGCUGCCAAGAGCUUAUUAGAGGGUGUACUUUUUUAUAAAUCAUAAGUUAGCCAGCUUCUUUGCAUUCAUCUUGUUCUAUUGUUUUACUCAUUCUGCAAGCUGUAAGGGAGGUCUUAUUGCUGGUAGAUCGAAGGAGUCAAUUUCCAAUUUCUCGAUCUGACUGACUGCAAUUCUUUUGGUUUUGUCAUAGUUCCUCACAGCUCAAUGGGUUGGCCAAAGGUUAAUACAUCUACGCUGGUGACCACACGCUACACCAGUAACACCAACCCCCCAACCAACCCCACCCUUCCACCUCCAUUUCACUUUCUUCUAGUUUGCGGUGGAGGUAUGGAAG